AUGUUCUCGAAGAAAUUGCUGGUCUUCCUCAGCCUUGUCCCAUUCAUCUUCGCCGCACCAAUCGACGAGCUCAACAAGAGGCAGUCGAUUGACACGUCGUCGCAUUGUGGUCAAUGGGACAGCGUGACAGCAGGACAAUACUCUUUGCUCCUUGACCAGUGGGGUACUUCGGGUGCAACCUCUGGUUCAGAUUGCGCUUCGCUCACUUCUUUGAGCGGAACCACAGUCGCAUGGAAGACCACUUGGAAAUGGACUGGCGGAAAUGGCGUUAAGAGUUUCACCAACAUACAACUUAACAAUGGAUUGAACAAACAGCUCUCUGCUAUUAAAAGCAUUCCCGCUACCUGGAAGUGGUCUCAGUCUUCUACGGGGACUGUAGUUGCAGAUGUAGCUUAUGAUUUGUUCACUUCUACAACUGCUGGAGGAAGCAACGUCAACGAAAUCAUGAUUUGGCUUGCCAACUACAAUGCAGGCCCAAUAUCGGCCGUUUACAACUCUGACGGUACCCCCAAAGCCGUGGCAAGCAACAUUUCUCUUGGUGGACAAACAUGGAAUCUUUACAAGGGAUCAAAUGGUGCCAAUGAAGUCUUUUCGUUCCUACCUGCCAACGGCGGCACGAUCACGAGCUUUAGCGCCGACUUGAAUACUUUCCUCAAGUACCUUACUGCCAACCAAGGUGUCAGCACAUCUCAAUUUUUGAAGACGGCUCAGGGAGGAACAGAAGCUACCUCGGGCUCUGCCACUCUCACAACCUCUGCCUUUAGCUUGGUUAUCAAUUAA